CCCCUACCCGGUCUAGCAUGGCCUUGGGGUCUGAAUAUGACCUGCAUAAAACGUCUAUCGACCGUCUUAUUAGUAAUUACUAUCUUCCACGAGUCUGGGCUUAAAACCUCGUUGAUUUCCGCUUCGACAGCAUCGACAGAAUCUUCUCUCAGCUGAUCAAGCCUGAUUCUAUUCCCAUUGACGCCUUCUUGGUUAUCCUUUGUUUUGACAUCUAUUCACCAUGUCCGACCUCGACAUAGACAACAAAGACGACUUGAAGGUCGGCGCGAAUAUCGUAGGUUCAUCUGACCACGUCGAAGAUGUGCAAUUCAAGAACGCGGAAGAGUUCACUGAACUGAGCGGCAUCGAAGCGACAGCGGCGUCGAAGGCGGCAUGGCUCAUCUGCAUAGCGGUGUCUCUAGGUGGUCUUCUCUUCGGAUACGACACUGGUUACAUCUCCUCCGUCCUUGUCACCAUCGGGACUUCUCUUGGCCAUGCGCUCGACUCCAGUGAGCAGGAGUUGGUCACUUCCCUAACAAGCGGCGGCGCUCUCAUCGGGGCUGUCUUUGCUGGUCUUACCGCCGAUCGAUACGGCCGCCGGAUGCCCAUCUGGAUCGCAUGCAUCGUUUUCGUCAUCGGAACGGUCCUUCAAACGGCAGCAUAUCAUCUCCCACAGUUCGCCGUCGGAAGAUUUGUCGUUGGUCUAGGUGUUGGAUCCGCCGCUAUGAUUGUACCACUCUACAUUGGCGAACUGGCACCUGCCAAGUACCGUGGUCGAAUGAUUGCGUUCAACAACAUGAGCGUCACCUUCGGCCAAUUACUCGCGAGCGCUCUCGGUGCCGGAUUCGCCCAAGUGGGAGGUCAGGCAUGGCGGGCUACAGUAGGAAUCGGAGCUGUUCCAGCCAUCGCUCUUGCUGGUCUUCUCUUCCUCUGUCCGGAAUCUCCUCGUCAACUCGUCGCCCAUGGACAUUCCGAUGAAGCAUCGAAGGUCCUCAUGAGAAUCUACCCCACGUCGACCGAAGAACAACGAAGGGCUAAGAUCCAGUCCAUCGAGAUGUCCAUCCAAGAAGCAACCAACACAAUGGUCGACGACUCCAUCUGGAGAUCCCUCAAACGCAUCUUCACGACUCCCGCAACUGGCCGUGCCGUCCUCACAGCCUGUGUUAUCAUGGCGAUCUCGCAACUCGGAGGCUUCAACACGCUCAUGUAUUACAGCGCGACUUUAUUUUCCAUCGUCGGUUUCAACAACGCCGCCGUAGUCGCCAUCACCGUAUCGGGAACGAACUUCGUCUUCUCCUUCCUCAACUUAGUCGUAGUAGACAGGUUCGGCCGUCGAGCGAUCCUCCUCAUAACGGUGCUGGGAAUGGCAAUAUGCAUGCUCAUCGCGUCCGUUUCGUUCCAUUACAUCCCGAUCGACAAGAACCUGGUCGUUCAGAGCGAUAACGUAGGCUGGCCGGCUACCGUGCUCCUCGUUACGAUCAUAUGUUACGUCGCGUGCUUCUCUACCGGAGUCGCUACUAUCGCUUGGAUCGGCACGGAGCUCAUUCCAUUGGAAGUGCGAGCUGUCGGCACCAUGUUGAACACCGUUACAUGCUGGAGCACCAACAUCAUCAUCGCCUCCACAUUCCUCUCCAUGAUGAAGGGCAUAACACCAAGCGGCGCAUUCGGAUUCUACUGCGGCAUCUGCACCGUCGGUUGGAUAUUCAUCGUCUUCUGCUUCCCCGAAGCGAAGGGCAUGCCGCUCGAGGCUAUCCGAGAAGUGUUUGCGAACGGUUUCGGAGUCAAGUUCUCGAAGCAGUGGCAGAAGGAGAAUAAGGAAUUCGCGAAGUUGAACACACACCAGAGCUUCGCGCAUUGAUAGAGGGUAGGGAUCGUGUUGUUGUACUUAUUAGGGAGUGAGUACCGUGCUCGAGAGUAGAUGUAACUUUGAUCUUUUGGAUAUAGGUCGGUAGGGAGUUGGCUAGCGAUCGUUUGGUAUAUACCUGUAUCAAUUAGAUUUAUUGAAUUAGAUGCACCAUGAGCUCUUUAUUGUAGUGGUAUGGAUGUCUGUAGCGCCUGGCGUCUAGCGGUGUAG